GCUGGACUAUGGGUGUCGCUUGGCAUGCUGAUACUGGGCUACUUUGUAGUCGUUCUCACCGUCUUGUCCAUCUCCGCUAUCUGCACGAACGGUGUUGUGCAGGGUGGCGGUGCAUACUUUCUCAUAUCACGAUCGUUGGGACCGGAGUUUGGUGGCUCCAUCGGUGUCAUCUUCUACUUUGCCAACAUCUUUGCAUCAGCCCUCUACAUCAUAGGUUUUGUUGAGGCUUUCGUGAGCUCAUUUGGGCCUGGAGGUGAACAUGCUGUUCUGCCAGGUGGCUAUGGUUUCAAGUUCUUGUACGGUUCCGUUGUACUGGCGUUAUGCUUGGUUGUCUGCCUUCUGGGAGCUGACCUCUUCGCCAAGACGUCAUUCAUAAUCUUCCUGCUGGUCAUGACCUCCAUCAUGGCUGUGUUUAUUUCCUUUGGCACCAAAGCGCUCCAGCAUUACAAUGUCGGCGAGGAAAAGUACCCGUGCAGUUGUUGCUAUGCACCACCUGGUAUGUACUUCAACAUGUCCCAGCCCAACUGCACUGUCACUCCGCCGCACGUGGAUCCUGAGUGCACAUCGCAGUGUUUUUACACUGGUUGGAAUCAUACCACACUGAAGGGAAACCUGAAAGCUGAUUAUGAUGUGGACUAUACGACUGGCGUAAAGCAGAACUUUCAAAUGGUUUUUGCUGUUCUUUUCAACGGAUGCACAGGAAUCAUGGCUGGUGCCAACAUGUCUGGUGACUUGAAGAACCCUAGCUUUGCCAUCCCCGUUGGCACCUUCAUCUCUCUGGGAUUCACCUUUGUCGUCUACGUCAUCCUGAUGUUCUUCUCAGCGUUCACAGUAACCAGAGACAUGCUCCUGUUUGACUACGGCUACCUGGAGCACAUCAAUAGUGUGCCACCACUGGUCACCAUGGGGAUAUUUGCAGCCACGCUCUCCGCCGCUCUCAGCACUCUGAUAGGAUCGUCACGUGUCUUGCAGGCCCUGGCCAAAGAUGGCUUGUUCGGUCGACUACUGGCGCCGUUUGCCAAGUUGAUGCUGGCCAAACAAGAGCCUAUACCAGCUGUAUUGCUCUCAUGGUUCUUUGUCCAGCUAAUCUUGUUAGUUGGCAAGCUUAACGCCAUUGCACCAAUCGUAACAAUGUUCUUCUUGAUAUCGUACGGUGUGGUGAACUUUGCGUGCUUCGCUCUCACCGUUGCCUCGGCUCCCAACUUCCGGCCAUCGUUCCGUUUCUUCACCUGGCAUACAGCUCUACUUGGCUUCUUUGGCUGCUUUGUCGUCAUGUUCUAUAUCAAUGCGCUGUAUGCGGCUGUUGCUGUCGUGCUGUUGAUCAUUCUCUUCCUGUUCAUCUCAUUCCGUUCACCUGGAGUUCACUGGGGAGAAGUAUCACAGGCUCUAAUCUAUCACCAGGUUCGCAAGUAUCUACUUCGCCUUGACGUGCGCAAGGACCACGUCAAGUUCUGGCGACCCCAGAUGCUGCUGCUGGUUGCGAACCCACGCUCCUGCUAUCGUCUCAUGAGCUUCAUCAAUGAUCUGAAGAAGGGUGGUCUAUAUGUUCUAGGCAAUGUGAUUGUCAGUGACUAUGAUGAGCAGAGUGUACGCUGGUACCGUGAGCAGUUGCCGACGUGGAUAGACUUUGUUGACACCAGUCGUUUGAAAGCCUUUGUGGAGCUCACCAUCUCUCCGUCGGUGCGCCAAGGAGUACGGGGCCUCUUGACGACAUCUGGUCUUGGUGGCAUGAAACCCAACACAGUGGUCCUAGGGUACUUUGAUCACAGUGUGCCGCAAGACCUAGGUGGGGAUGUGUGCAACGCCUCUCUGCACCAGACCGGCAGAUUUCAACUACACAGCAAAGAAACCAUUCAAAAACUCGUUAGUGUUGCAAAGAAGUUGCCCGCACUUCGAUCUGAGGAGAUGCCGCAGCUACUGUCUGCUGAGGAUUAUGUUGGUAUUAUUCAGGACUCGAUUCAACUUCACAAAAACGUUCUUGUCGUAAGAAACUCGGUGCGAUUACGCACGGCGGAAGAGCAUGGGACAAUCGAUCUCUGGCCUGCAGCUCUCCUUCCCAGCACUAGACCUAAACGAAGUCUGAGCGAUGUAAUAUCAAACGGUGCGAGUCCGUGCUCCUCACCCUCCGCCGACAUGAUGGCUGAUGGCUCUUCACAGCCUAUGUCUGAUGCAGAUCACUAUGACAGUACUUACUACAUGAUCUUGCAGCUAGGCUGUGUUCUACACAUGGUGCCCUACUGGAAAUCACACCACAGGCUUAGAAUCAUGACGGUUGUACAUGAUACGUCAGAAAGAGAACGAACAACGCUGGUAGAUCUGCUGAAGAAGCUGAGAAUUGAGGCAGAAGUGCAGCCGGUUACACCGAGUGGCAAUCAACAGCUGUUCCUCGAUCCAGCACACUCACACCCAGCCAACAGUCGGACAUGGUACCGGGAGAUGAAUGAGUUGAUGCAACAACAUUCCUCAGCAGCAUCUGUUGUAUUUACUGUUCUGCCUCCUCCACCCGCAGCCGGCGCUGAGAUCACUACGUUCAUGGAGAACAUGGAAUCUUUAUCAGCUGGACUUCCACCAACUGUCAUGGUCUACGGUUGCAGUACGGUCAUCUCAACGGACCUGUAGAUCAUCAUCAUCCUCAUCCUCAUCAUCAUCAUCAUCAUCACUAGAAUCAAUUGAAUUCAAUUCCUUCGUCACCGCUGUCGUGUAGUCUGGCAUGUGCUGCUGCUCUUGGCACAGUCUUGUGGCUGUGAGUCACGUUGCUGGUGGUGUGCGUGUGCCAUCACCUUGAGCUUCUCAACUCUGCACCAGUGCCAAUAAUUCAACUUCUCUAGGCACUCAAAGGUCUGUCGUCCACUCUUCUCUGUGUUUCAUCGUUUGCUCUGCUUCAGUAUGUGCCACCACUGUACGGAUCACGCCACCUCGAAACCUCGACAGUCUAUUCAUCCAAACGUAUGCAUGUGUCUUGGUUGUCAACAGUCUAUUCAUGCAAACGUAUGCAUGUGUCUUGGUUGUCAACAGUCUAUUCAUGCAAACGUAUGCAUGUAUCUUGGUUGGGCAUACAUGUGUACAGUGUGGGCACUGGUACUAUCCUCUCCGACUAGUGGAACUCAAAUGUGCGCGAGUGUUUGAGCAUGUGUUCAUUAUUUUCUAUUCUCCUGUGGACCGGUGGUGUGUGGUAUGUCUUGUGCACCAAGACUCAAGAGUAUAGUGAUUGGUGAGUAGUGUGACUUUGCAGUGCUGCAUUUGGUCAUUACGUCCACUGCACACUUGCCUUUCGUCUUUCUUUCUUUUUUUCUCUUUCUGUUUGGCGGUGUGCUGGUCGAGGCUUUGUGUGACCUGUGCACCAGUGGUACUUGCGAAACGACCGAAGUGGUUAUUUUUUCACUCGGCUUGUAUUGUACAUUUACAUACUUGCAGCCUCCCGCUGUGGAACCUUUUUAGAAGUCAUCGACCAUCUCCCCGGAGAUUGUCUGGUAAAACAUAUCCGCAUUGUGUAUUCUGCUGGCAGAGCUUGAUUGUCAUGGACUCUCACAUACAUAAUUUUGGGCUGUCAUGAAACGCACAGCGCGCUCGUAUCCGGAAAUUGGAUAAUAUUACUCACUGAAACUGACAACAAUUUCCCCUGGAGCGCUGUGCUUGAAAUUGAAAUGAUCACUCUUAGAAAAUUACUACUGAGCUAGGAGUCCUGUUUUUCGUACGUUACAAUAUUUAUUUACUUGUUCUGUGUGAGUGAAUCUACUGCUGUUUCGAUCUCCCCCCUUUUUUAUAUCGAUCACGCUGAAUCUCAAGUCUGUCUAUUUCUAUUUUCUAUUCUCUGAUUUUGAUGUGUUAACGUCAUGUUUGUACGUUGAUCUGUUCGUCGCUGCAACAUACAUUGUACUACAGCAUGGUGAUACCUUUUAGGCUUUCACCACUCUUGA